CUGCAGAAAUUCUGAAGAAGCUGCAGCGUAGAAACCUACUGAAUGACAAGCCUCAAUGUGGACAAAAAAAAUACAGAAAGAUUACAAUUAUUUGGAACAGUUGUCUUGCAAAGAUCCUAUUCAAACCUUAUAAAAAUGAAACAAAUUGAAUAUCUUAAUUUCUUUUUCAUCCUUCUGUGUGACUACUUACAUUGCAGCCUACCCUGACUGCAUCACCUCUGUGCAGAGUACUUUUUACAUCAGCUCUGCCAGCAGAAUAUACACAGUUGAAAUGCACAAAGCAAUUCCCUGUUACCCAACACAGCAGCAAACAAUGGUCAACCUGCUACUUAAUGCUUACUGCUGUUCUUGAGACACCACAUGAGUGUUUGCUUAGCAGACGGCUAUCGGAUGGGGACAUGUCACCAUGACACUUCUUGGAUCCAGCUGAUUUCCAUUGUUGUCUCCCAGUUCUCAGCUUUUUUUUUUGUUGUUCUUUUCCCAUCAGUUUCUCUUAUUUGGGCAAAUAACCUGAAAAAUUCACCUGCUGCUUGCUAAGGUAGGGGAUGAUGUAACUGUGCGUUAUUCUUCCUUGUAUGGUGAAGAUGGAGUGGGAGUAAGCAGAUGAGGAUCUGGGUUUUGUAGCAGAUCACAAUCUGAAACACGAAUCAGUAUUUCAGAGUCAUUAGAAAAUGCUCAUCUUUCUUAAAGAAGGAAGUUUUGCUUUAAAACUUUUUUAAUCCUGAAAAUUAAUUUUCAUUACACUGGUUGCUUGUCUCAUUUCUUGAUUGACCUAAGGACUGACACUGGCAAUGAACUGAGAAGAAGUAAUCCAGUUGUCCCAUUCCUCUCUCUUUGGGUCUGUAGGAAGGAGUGACCAUGAAUCCUUCAGUUACAACAAACAACCAAAUAAAAGCCCUUAACCAACUCACCCAUGUCACAGUGACAUGAGUGGGCAGGGUGGGGAUGGGUUGAUGGUUGGACAUGAUGAUCUUAGUGGUCCUUUCCAACCUGAAUGAUCCUAUGUUUUCUGUCUAUCUCUGGACAGAAGCAUGGGGAAGUAAUUAACCACCGUAUGAAAGCAUGGGUGUAGGAAAUGCUUAUGAAAUUUCCAUGAACUGAGGUAUGGGGCUGAAGUAUGCAAAGCCAUAGCUGUGUUUACAGAAGGGGAAACAUGAACAGAACAAGAAGCUAUUUGAUAGAAAGCUGGGAGUGAUUUCAGACCAGAUGUGUGUAUUAAAAAUUUUCCAGAUGUGGCCAUGACCACUGUAAGAUACAGUUGUGUUCUACAUAACCAGGCCUACACAACAUCUGAACAGGUUUUUAACAAAACGUAUGUUUUUGUGAUAUACUAAGUCGAUCUCUUUUUAUUUUUUAUUUUUUUCCCAGAGGCAGUGUGGGCUUGUGAAGCAUCAGUGGCAUUCUGACAAGUCAGACUCUGUUCCUGUUUCUUUUCUAACUCCUACCUUUCACGAUCAGAAGCAUCUGGCGUAUAAACUUCAGAGAGAUCAAGAGAUCUUGAAAGUUCUAUGUUUGUGUUGUGAGACUAUUCAUUUGUCAAUGAGUAAUGCCACUGUAAACACUGGAGUUGUAGGAUAGGUGAGAAAUCUGAUGCAAAUCAGAAUGAACAGACACAGAUGGAAGUUAUUCUCUGAAAGAGUGGUGAUGCACUGACACAGGAUGCCCAAGGAGGUGGUCCAUGGAGGCGUUCAAGAGACGUUUAGGUGUUGUACUAAGGGACAUAGUGGGGAAACAGUAGUAGUACAUGGACGGUUGGACUGAGUGAUCUGAGAGGUCUUUUCCAACCUUGGUGAUUCUGUGAUAGAGUACAUUUUUUAAGCAGGAUUAGAAUCAUAGAAUCAUUAGGGUUGGAAAAGACAUCUGAGAUCAUCUAGUCCAACCAUAAACCCAGUCCCAGCGCACUCACUCAUGAUACAGAUUUAUUCUGGGAAACAGUAUGUUUUCACCUGUCUCCUGUUCAGAAGGACUUGAGGAGGGCUGUGGAAGAUAAGAUUAUUUUUCUGAAAGUCGUGUGUUUGGAAGAUGUGCACGUGGAUGUUGCAGAGGCUUUGUACUGAGAAAGGAUGAAACUGAGCAUAGAUAUUUUCAGAACUAGUUCUGACAAUUGACAGUGGGGAAAUCUAUAAGCUAUCAACAACUAAAUGUCUUUUUUUUUCUUUAAAAAACAUGCACAAGUAUGGAAAAACAAACAAAAGCAACAAACCACACACAGGCAGGUGAACCAAAAUCUCCAGUUUAGUAUCCCAGCUCUCGGCUUGCACAUAGCCAGUGCUGUGAGUGACACUUCCAACCAAACCAAUUGCUCAAUGGGACGUUUCUGAAUAUCAGAUGUGAGUCAGAAUGAAGUGCCCGCCUUCUGGCCUUGGUUGGAUCUCAAUGUGAUGGCAGCUAUUAACAUAUUGCAGCAUAGCAGUGUAUUAAGAUGCUCAGAGGUGGAAACGCUCUUCAUUUUGUUGGCUAGAGAAAUGCGGUAGGGAAGAAAGCUUGGAUGUGACACUCUGGAUCCUUUUUGGGAAGAGUUAAGUAGAACAACAGAGUCAGUUUAACAGAUUAAUAACAGCUUUCUUGGUGACAGACUAGUUUGGAGGUGUGAAAUGGUGACUGUGAUGCUAUUAUCCCUAGUUUUGUUUCUGCUGGGUUUGCAGUUCCUGAGACUGCAAUGGAGAAGUCGCCGGUUUCCUCCUGGCCCGAUCCCAUUUCCCAUCAUUGGAAGCAUGUGGUGGAUAAAUUUUAGAGCUGACCACGGGAGCCUGAAAAAGCUAGCAAAAACCUAUGGGAACAUCUGCACCCUGUGGCUGGGCCACAAACCUGUGGUGGUGCUGUAUGGCUUCAAAGCAGUGAAAGAUGGUCUCACCACCAACUCAGCGGACGUUUCUGGGCGGCUACAGACCCACUUGUUCAACAGAUUUUCUUCUGGAAAAGGAAUCCUGGUUUCAAAUGGUCUCAUCUGGAAAGAUCAGAGACGUUUUGGAAUUGCGACUCUCCGGAAACUGGGAAUGGGGAAUAAAGGAAUGGAACGUGGGAUACAAACCGAGGCCCGGCACUUGGUGGAGUUCUUCAGGAGCAAAGAUGGAAGAGCUGUCGACCCUUCCUUCCCCAUUGUUCAUGCGGUCUCCAAUGUGAUCUGUGCUGUGGUGUUCGGGCAUCGUUUCUCCCUACAGGAUGAAACUUUCCGCCAGCUGAUGGAAGCAUACAAUGAGAUUGUGGCUUUUGGGAACAGCUACGUUUACUAUAUAUUUGAAGUUCUCCCACGGCCUUUAGGGCACCUCCCAGGACCUAUACGAAAAAUAGAAUCUUGCUGUAAUUUUAUUCAUUCUUUCAUAAGGCAGGAGAUCAAAAGUCAUAGGGAGAGACACACAGUGGAUGAACCAAAAGAUUUCAUUGACUUUUACCUGGAUCAGAUGGAGAAAACUAAAAAUGUCCCAAAUUCUACCUAUGAUGAAGAAAACAUGUUGCAGUCUGUUUUUGAUCUCUUCCUGGGUGGCUCAGAGACCACCGCUACCACUCUACGUUGGGCACUGCUCUACAUGGUGGCUUAUCCGGACAUCCAAGAGAAAGUCCAAAAGGAGCUGGAUGCUGUUCUGGAUUCUUCCCACCAAAUCGACUAUGAGGAUCGGAAGAAACUGCCUUACACAAAUGCUGUGAUUCAUGAGAUCAUUCGCUUCAGCAGCAUUAUUUUAAUCACCAUUCCUAGACAAGCAGUGAAGGAUACAACUGUGUUGGGCUAUCAGGUUCCAAAGGGUACCAUCAUCAUGGCGAACAUAGACUCAACUCUUUUUGACCCUGAGUAUUGGGAGACCCCUCACCAGUUCAACCCUGGUCAUUUCUUGGACAAGGAUGGGAAUUUUGUGAUCCGAGAGGCGUUCCUAGCCUUCUCAGCAGGUCAUCGCGUGUGUCUGGGAGAGGUGAUGGCCAAGAUGGAGCUUUUCAUCAUCUUCUGCAGCCUGCUGCAGACAUUCAAGUUCACCCCACCAGAAGGAGAUAAGGAAAUCAAUCUGAGCUUUGUCUUUGGGAGCACAAUGAAACCUCACCCGUAUAAGCUCUGCGCCGUUCUUCGCUAGAUUGCAGCGUAUGGUAGAUUUGGAGAAGAGGCACUCCCAAGAGUUUGCAAGUGUACUGAUCUUUUCUGUACCUUUUAUAUUCCCCAUUGCUAGAUCAAGUUCAGUGUGAAUCUGAACUGUUGUGUCACGUUUUUAAGAAGCUGGACCUGAAAAAUAUUCUGGUUUUCCUUUUCUUAGCAU